AUGGGGAGGGGAAGAGUGGAACUGAAAAGGAUAGAGAACAAGAUAAACAGGCAGGUAACGUUUGCAAAGAGGAGAAAUGGUCUUCUCAAGAAAGCCUAUGAGCUUUCUGUUCUCUGUGAUGCUGAGGUUGCCCUUAUCAUCUUUUCCACCCGUGGCAAGCUUUAUGAAUUUUGUAGCAGUUCAAGCAUGCUCAAAACACUUGAAAGGUACCAAAAGUGCAGCUAUGGUGCAGUGGAAGUAAGCAAACCUGCCAAAGAACUUGAGCAGAGCAGCUAUCGUGAGUACUUGAAACUGAAAGGAAGAUUUGAAUCUCUUCAGAGGACCCAAAGGUUAAGAAACCUUCUAGGUGAAGACUUGGGUCCGUUAAAUACCAAAGAACUUGAGCAGCUUGAGAGGCAACUAGAUUCAUCUCUCAAGCAAGUGAGGUCCACAAAGGACUUCGAGGUUCAAUCAGCUACCCAAUUCAUGCUGGACCAGUUAGCUGAUCUUCAAAAUAAGGAACAGAUGUUGGUAGAAGCAAACAGAGCUUUAACCAUGAAGCUGGAUGAAAUCAAUUCAAGAAACCAGUAUAGGCAAACAUGGGAAGCUGGUGAUCAAAGUAUGCCAUAUGGUACUCAGAAUGCUCAUUCUCAAGGCUUCUUCCAGCCUUUGGAGUGCAAUCCCACAUUGCAGAUAGGUUCUGACUACAGGUACAACCCUGAAGCCUCAGAUCAGCUAACUGCCACAACUCAAGCUCAACAAGUUCAACAAGUGAACGGACAAGUAUUAUCUGACUGA